AUGAAUUCCAACCCCACUGGCUAUCCUACGACCAUGCAGCAACAUGCUAAUCCCAUGUUGGCGGCCACUGCAGGCUAUCCAGUCCAGUCCGGAAGCCCAAGCAAUCAGCAGUUCCCCUACUACGCUGCCAACCCGAUGGCUGCCUAUCCGCCGCAAAUGCAACAGCCGUCGCAGGCACGUCCCGGCCAGAUGCAACAACAUUCCUUUAACCCCAUGCAGAUCCAGACCUCCGGCCCUGGUGGAGCUAUGAUGCCGGCUAAUAUGGUUGCGCUCGGCUUCGUCUUCCCUCUUCUCUUGAUUCGUCUCUCCGCUGCGGUCAUGGCGUUGCGUCAACUUGCAUAUUUACAGCCACUUCAGUCUCUGCAAGAGGACUGGCUUGGCUUGUCUAACUUUGUCCUACUUGUUUAUUGUCUGGCCAAUCAAUCUCCGCAUGCCAACAUGGCUUACUCCUCGCCUUCUCCCUACCAUCCGACCUCCAUUCCGACUACAUCUGCCUCACCCGCACACUCCCAGAGUCCUGCCAUCGCAGCCAGCGUCUCGAUGCAGAUGCCAUCUCAGAACAUGACUGCUGUUUCUAAUCCUGCAAUGCUGCUUGCGCAACAGCAACAGCAACAGCAACAGCAACAGCAGCAGCAACUUCAACUUCAGAUGCAGCAACAACAGCAGCAGCAGCAGCAGCAGCAGCAACAACAACAAUUGCAACAGCAACAGCAACAGCAACAGCAACAGCAGAGAGCGACACCGCAGACCAACCAGACCCCACCAGGUCAGCAACCUCAGCAACCUCAGCAACCCCAACAACAGCAAGCAGCUCCUCAAUCUCCUGCCGCCGCUGCUCGCGAACGAGCUCGCGUCACUGCUCUUCUUGACAUCAAUUCUGCUCUUUUGCAGGAGUUACUCAAUUUACAAGCAGCAGGCAAGUCUGGUGGCGCCCCACAACAACCUUCCACAUCGACCCCCGAGCAGUCAUCAUCACCAGGGUCGGCGACGGAGCCAGCAAGCGCUUCGAGUGAUGCUCCAAGGAAACCCAGUCAGGAAUAUGUAGAGUGCUUGAAGCGCCUACAAAGCAAUCUAGUCUAUCUUGCCUCCGUCACGGAUCGCAACAAGAAGCCAGUCUCGGUCGCUCCGGCCAUUCUCUCUCCUCCGCCCCAUAUGGGCAAUCUGAACGAGCAAUAUGCGAAGUUGAAUGAACUUUUUGCCGGUGCUCCUCGGCCUGCUGCAGCACACCAGCAAAGACCCAGCCAGUCAGGCGCGGCCGCCGAGACCGCUGUGUGA